AUGGCAUGUUUAUUCAUUGGCAUUGUGACUACAAAAAAGCUGACAGGGAGGAAUCUGUACGAUGUUUCAUUUUCUAAUGAAAUUUAUGUUUACACGCGUAUAAUUUUAACGAUUACUGAUACUACUACUACUCACGCUACUACUACUACUACUACUACUACUACUACUACUACUACUACUACUACUACUACUACUACUACUACUACUACUACUACUACUACUACUACUACUACUACUACUACUACUACUACUACUACUACUACUACUACUACUACUACUACUACUACUACUACUACUACUACUACUACUACUACUACUACUACUACUACUACUACUACUACUACUACUACUACUACUACUACUACUACUACUACUACUACUACUACUACUACUACUGUAGUGAACGAGAACAUGGAUUACAGAAAAUCAACAUCUCUAAGUCAUUCUAUCAUGUCUAAAACAAACAAAGAGACUGUUGGUUCAUGGAGAAAGUUAUGUGUCAUCAACAAACGAUUAGAUGGGAAAAUAGCAAUUGUGACAGGAUGUAACACUGGAAUCGGUUUGUACACAGCUAGUGAAUUAGCUCGUCGUGGUGCAACUGUCAUUAUGGCCUGUAGGAGUAUUGAUCGAGUUAAUCGAGCUAAAACACAUCUAUUGGAAAUGUAUGGUAGUAAUAAUCCGGAAAGUGAAGAAAUUGAUGUUGCGUGUAAUCAAGUGAAGUCUUCGUUAAAGACGAUUGAGUCAAAUCAAUUGAUAAUUGAACAACUUGAUCUAGCUUCGUUACAAUCAAUCAGAGAUUUUGUAGAUCGAAUCAACAGUCAGUACACUAAAAUCGAUUUUCUCAUCAACAAUGCUGGACUUAUCCUAGAAAAAUAUACAACAACUGAAGAUGGAUUUGAAAUGACCAUGGGAGUGAAUUAUUUCGGACCAUUUCUGCUGACAGAAUUAUUGAUACCAUUGUUGAAGAAUGCUGCACCAUCACGAAUUAUAAAUGUAUCUUCUAUGGCACAUUAUUAUGGUCAUAUUCCUAAACCGAAUUUACAGUAUACAGAAAAUGGAUAUCGAAAAACAAGUGCUUAUUGUGAUUCGAAAUUGGCUAAUGUAAUGCAUGCUACUGAAUUGAAGGAACGUUUAAGUGGAAGUGGAGUGAUUGCGGUCAGUUUACAUCCUGGCGUGGUGAAAACUGAAGUGAUGAGAGAUAUGAAGGGUUUUGCAACGAAUGUCAUACAAUCUUUAAUUUGGCCCUUUUUUACUACACCAUGGAAAGGUGCACAAACUACUUUGUACACUGUACUCACUGAUAAUCUAAUCUCUGGAGGCUAUUAUUCUAACUGCACAUUGAAACAACCUUCAAAAGCAGUUCGAAAUGUUGAGGAAAGAAAAUGGUUAUGGAAUAGAACAUGUGAAUUAUUGAACAUACAAUGUGAUAUCUAGAUGUGGAGAUUCUCAUAUACGUUCACUGUGUUGACACAAUUCUCUAUUUCUAUUGCUCGUCAUCUUAUAGUGAAUAAUUUUGAUAAAAAAUCAAUUAAUAGAAUGUGACAGUUUUCACAUUGAUGUCAUCUGCAAUACGAUUUCAUUGUUCA